CGCAAUAGGGGAGCGAACUGUCUGCAGAUUUCGCAAGUUUUCGUAAUACAAAAUUCGGCAUUACAUCAGAUUUGUUCAAUCAUCAGAAUAUUUCACUGUUGGACUGGAUCUGCCAUAAAAUAGUCUGAUGCGGAAGAUCUCAUGUGGUUUGGAAAAUUUAUCUGCAAUACAGUAUUUGUUUUUAAAGCUGAAGAAAGAGGAAAACAAUUUCCAGAUAAAAAUUUUUCACCUAGUAACCGCCCAGCUGAUUGUUGACAGCUGAUCGGUUCGAGCGAACACGUUGUGUGUACGUUUUCCAAUACACACGAGGCGAAUUAGGCGCGGCGCGGAUUUGAGUCAAGCAAAUCCAUUUGUAUUCUGCGCAAUAGAUGUUCCGCCACUUAGAAGAUGACGACGUUAUCUCACUUUCAGGACGAUAUGAAUUCUGGCAUGGAUAUGAGCAUGGAUGCCACAACAGCAGCAGAAUGUCUUCUUGCAAUAGCAGCGUCAAAACCGAGCAGUAAACCCCCCGAAUUUAUGGAAACAUGCGACGAGGAAGGGGUAUUUUCGCCAGACGGAGCGAGCACGGGCAAUCACCACAUGUCGGACCCGUCCGGCCUCCAUCCACACAGUCACAGUUCUUUGUUCAUGGUGGCAAGAAUUUUAGCCGAUCUUGAAAAAUACAGACCAAGACAGGAAAUUCCAUCACCAAUUAGUGACUGUCCAAGCCCCCCACCUAUUAUAAAUGGACCUUAUGAUGGACUCAGCAACGCCCUUGCAUCGAAUUUUGACUCUUUUGCACCAACUCCACAACGUGGUGACUACACGAAUCAGACGCAGGCAGGAAAACAAAGAAACAGGCGAUCAAAGCCGUCACAAAAUCUCAAUUCCGUCAAGAAACACCACUGUCACUACCACGGAUGUGAAAAAAUAUAUGGGAAAUCAUCACAUCUUAAAGCUCAUCUCAGAACACAUACAGGUGAGAGACCAUUCCCCUGUAAUUGGCAAGACUGUAACAAACGUUUUGCAAGAUCUGACGAGCUGGCCCGUCACUACCGAACACACACCGGAGAGAAGAGAUUUGCAUGUCCACUAUGCGAGAAGAGGUUUAUGAGGAGUGACCACUUGAUGAAGCAUGCCAGAAGACAUGCAGAGUUUCAUCCGAGCAUGAUCAAGAGACCAGGAAGCGCAGCAAGUUCGUUAGCCAGCGAGGGAAGCCAUUCCCCCUGCUCCAGUCCUGCACAUUCCCCUUGAAGAA